UAUUGUAUAGUAGCAAUCAGAACAAGACAAAACGAUGCAAUGUUACCGAAUGUUAAAACACGACUGAACACGUCAAAACAAUUGAAGCGCAAGCUCGAUCCGCUCAACAAGGGAAACAAAACAAGAGCGCCAAGAUGAUACCUUUCGCGCGACGAUUCUAUAUAUAGCGAGUAACGUGACUGCGGUGGCGCCAAAACUAUAGGAGGAACUAGAUGAAGUGAUACGAAUUCGAAAUAAAAUUUUACAUUGUUAUUAUCUACAUAAAAUAUUACUUAGUUUUAAAAGAAAAAGUUUGUAAUGCAUUAGUGUUCUUUUGAGUUUAAUUUUGUAUCUACUAUGGAACGAAUAAGAAGGUUAGAAGAAUUUGAAAACCAUGAAGAAUUUGAAAAUUCUUUGGAACUAUAUGAGUAUAGACGUAAACAGACAUUUGUAAUAAGUGAUGCACAUAAAUUAAAAAAAACAGAUGUAAAUGAAAAUCAGGCCUGCAUUUAUAAAAAUGUGAAAUUUGUCUGCAUAUAUGGUAAGCAGCGACAUACAAUCGGAGAGAAUAAUGUUAGAGAAACAAGUACUAUCAAAAAUGAUUGUGAAUCCUUCAUUUACCUUCGACUAUCACGAGAUGAGCAAAGAUUGAAAAUACUGGAUUUAAAUUUACAGCAUACUAAUCAUGAACUAUCUGAGUAUGUUCACAGUUCAUUGGCUCGCAAUCGAAAAUUAAAUGAUAAGGAACGUGUGGAAUUACUUGAUCAUUUGCUAUCUUUGGGAACCCCAAUACCAAAAAUACAAGAUGAAUUUAAAAAAGUUAAAAAUGUUGAAUUGAUACCAAAAGAUAUAUACAAUUAUCAACGCAAAUUUAAAAAUGAGUCCGAUGAUACAUUGUUUACAGCAGUAUCGAUAUUAAAAAAAAUCUAUAAUGCAGAAGUAGAUGUGUACUGUGAAUUAGAUGAUAAUAAUAAACAGAUAUUCAAAGGUCUUUAUUUUAGUACCUUACAAAUGCGCAAUGCAUUUAAUUCAUGGCCUGAAGUAAUAUUUAUCGAUACAAUGUACAAUUUAUUGAAGCGAAAGUUGAUAACUUUGCUCCUGUGUGUGCAAGACUCCAUGGGAUUUACACGAAUAAUUGGUGUUGCUUUAUUAGCAAAUUUACUAAAUAUUUUAAAGUUCGUAAAGAAAAGAAAUCCAAAGGCAUCUGCUAAUGUGAACUGUUUUAUGACGGAUAAAGAUCUUACAAAAAGAAGAGCUAUUGUAGAUGUCUUUCCUGGUGUAAAAUAUACCUUUGUGAGUUUCAUGUUUUGAAGGUGUUUUCAAGAACCAUAACAAUGCAAAAUAUGUCAAUAACUGCAAAGCAAAGAGACGAAGCACUUACCAUUUUAGAUAAAAUAGUGAAAAGUAAUUCUAAAGAAUAGUACGACUACUUAUACAGUAAAAUUUGUGAAGACUUACCUGAAUCAGUAAAAGAUUAUUUUGAUCAGAACUGGCAUGGAUGCAAAAAUGAGUGGACUCGUUAUGCUUUGAGUGAAAGUAAUUUUGGAAAUUACACAAAUAACCCUGUUGAGUCGACCAAUGCCAGUUUGAAAAGAGGAAUGAAGCUGAAUAGUACCUUAAAGGAUUUCAUUGAUAGUUUGUUUGGCUUAAUUCGACGUAGAGAUUUAAAGAUUAAAGUACAUGUGAUAGUAUCUAUAAACAUCCACUACAUCCAUAUGAAAUAGGUACACCAGAAUAUAGCUACAAAAAUUUCUUAACAGAAAAUGCUUUUAAAAAAGUACUUGUUCAAUUGCAAAGGAGGAAUCCAAUGACAUUGUUGCACAUAAAUGAAACUUAUAGCACAUGCUUAAUAAGGUCAGGAUUUAGAGUACUCAAUGUGGGAAUUGACAAAUGCGAAUGCAUAAAUUUUCAAGAAGACAUAUUGCCAUGUAGACAUAUAUUUGCGGUAAGACAACAUUUUGAUUACGACCUUUUUGAUGCCAGUUUAUGUCAUAAACGAUGGAAGAAUUCAUAUAAUUUUGAAUCUCAAAUGAAUUUAUCGAAAAACAUGGAUGUAAAUCAAAGUUUAUUUGACGAUGGUACUUCUGUUUGUGGUGAUUUUAAACUUUAUUGUCUAAAGACAAUAUUCAUUUGGCGAAACACCAAACACCAAAAUCUGCACCACAGAGACUACGAGCAAUGAAAGAAGUUGCUGGUAAUCUUGCACAUCUUGGAAGUAUGGUUACAAAGGAAACCUUUACAAGAAGAUUGCAACUUUUAAAAACAAUAGAAGAUGCUUGGCGACAAAAUGUAGAAGUUGAAUUAGAUGGAAGACUGAUAUCAACAAAUAAUUUUUCAAACUUAUCAUUAAAUGAUGAAGAGUCAAAUCAUGAUAACAUUGAUCCCUCAAAUAUAGUAAUGCCACAUGCUAUCAAAUUACGAGGAAAACCAAAAGAUAUUUUCAAGUCUACUAUAUCAAAGUCAAAAAAAUAAAAUGUGUAAUAAAAAAAUUCUUUACCAUUAAGAGUUAACCUUACCUUUAUUUUGCAUAUAUAUACAUUUUUAUACAUAGAGAUGUUCCAUUCAUCCUUCAUAAGUCACUCCUGUUGCUUCUUUUAUAUAUAGGAAAUGUAGAGCACUUUAGCGUACGCGAAAGAAUUGCCUAAACAAGAAAAACUCUAGCGUAUGCGAAAAUCUCUCGCUCCAUCUCUCAUACAAGUACUCCGUUCGCUUCUUACAAGAAAUUUUGGAGCACUUUAGCGCACGCGAAAGAAUUGUUCAAAAAAAAAAAAAGUUCAUUUAUACCACUCUAA